AUGCACCUAGCAGAAAUAGCAAGGGACAUCACGAGGUUCACUUUACAGAACGUAAAUGAUGCCAUUUCGUUUAAGCCUCAUCUCUGUCAUGAGGUCCCCCCUAGGCAUUAUGAGACGCUGCGCCAGGAAUAUAUCUCAUUUACAGGUACUUCAAUAAGAAAGAAUAAGUGCAAGCUGUUUUACUUACCCACUAAUGUCUCUGAUGAAUUGCAGCUGUUAAACUUACCCGCGUCGGAGUUGCUCAAGGUUUCGGCUGUAAAAGAAGAGGGCGAAGGCCUACACGAAAAAAUGUACCAGGAAAUCGACCCGCAAUAUACCGAUGUCAAAACUGAGGGAGCGAAUGGAACUACUGGCUGGGGUUAUGAGAACGGCAACAGAACAGUAUUCUACAAGAAGAGACUGAUUACAGAGCUAGACUAUGAAAAUGUUAAGCGUGUGGAGAAGGCAUGCCUAUUAAUAGCUUAUGCCGCUGCCAAUCAGUGCCUGCGCAUAGAGACUUGUGAUUUUCCUUCAUGUUACGGGGGAAAUAGUGCUUCUUUUACGGGCUACGAUAGACCCAUAGCUGACUACGAUGAGGGUGAUCGCAAUUCUACUAAUGGCGAAGAGUAUUGUGAAGAGUGCGCUAGGAAAUCUCUGGAACGUGGAGAGAUGCUGGGUUUCCGUGAACUAGGUUAUCUUAUUAAUAUAACCCCUUGGCAUUUCCACAGAGUUUUCAAAAUUAUUGCCGGACUUACAAUAAGAGAAUAUGGGCAGCUUUGCUGCGAUUUCCUAAAGGGCCAGGAGGCCAUUCUGUUCAGGGUUCGCGAUAGGGUAUCAUUCUUGCGUGAUAGCGGAGAAACAUUUUCUUGUUUGGAAGACGAGCAAUUUACGUCUGAUGACGCUGCAGUAAUCCUUGGUGACUACCUUAACAAUUUGGAACGCGGAAACAACGGUGUAGACAUAGUUAUUUUACCGGAUUAUUUUAUUGAUCCUAACAAGUCUAAAGAAUUAAAAAAGAAGCUCAAAGAGCAGAAGUGUAAUGGCUCCUGUGCAGAUUCCAGUAUUAAUCGCGUUGAAGUACGUAAGCGCAGAUACAGUCUGAUGUCUCAGCGAAUAAUGGAGGCGUCCACUGCCAGUAUUGAAAACAAUCCUACGAUUAUGGACUGCCUCGAAAACAGUACACUGACGCGCGAUGAGUAUGAGCGCAGGCAAAAACAGAGGCAUCUUCAACGCAGUAAACUCAAAAAGCGGAAGAAGUCUACAAUAGUGGCCCCUUCGAUACGAAAGCCAGAUUUCCAACGGCGUCCGACAAUGGAUACUCAGAACAUGUUGAAGAGCGCUGUUGUUAGAAGUAAAUAUAAUGCCGCAGCCGCGGCUGCUGCGGCUGUUGCUGCUGCUGGACCACAAGAGCAAUCUGAAGUUCAACAUCAGCAGCAGCAACAACUACAGGAAUCUGGUUCUGUGGCUGUGGCUGCUGCUGCAGCCGCCGCCGCUACCGACAGCAUGUUUGUCUUUAGUGAUGCAAAUGUUGCCCCAGUAAACGAGCCGUCCGCUUCCUCUGCAUCGUCCACCUCUUCUGCUCUAUUGUCCAGCUACGAGUGCGAACACGAUAGCCACUCUUUGGGACACUUUUCAAGUCCAACGCAGUCGGUCCUUGAUUUCAAAUUCCCAACUGUCAUGAGCGGCGACGAAGCGCCUUCCGCAUACAGCUCCUCGCUGGCCGUAGACGCUUCCGCAAAUAACAAUAAUGCCGCGGUAAACAGCACAGCUAAAGGUUCCUCGGCAACUGGUAUUCCACCUGUUCCGACUAUGGAUUCAUCUUCUGAAUCAAUUACUGCGGACUUAUUCGCGGACUCUUACAAAUACACUCUGGGAGCGAGUCCGGCGCCCAGUGCACAGGCGGAGCGGACUGGCGCCGCAGGGAUUUACUACGAUUCUGGCACGCUACCGCCUUUCCCUGUGAACACAGACAUAGAAGGGUCAGUGGGCAUUACUCAAACACCAAGAGUAACUAGUUCUACGCCAGGUCCUAAUACUAACUACAACUUUAACUCUAUUGCUUACACAGGUGGCCCACAGCAGCAGAUGCUUGAUUUUGGCCCCUUAUUUGGCGCCGGGAUUCCAACAUCUGCGUCUAACACGAAUGGCGCCACUAAUUACAAUAACACCACUUCUCUGGGCUCUAUGGACUAUCUCAUAUCCUCCUCUACAGGUUUCUUUAAAGAAGAUGAAGGUAACUUAUAG